UGUAGUCUUGAUAGAGCCUUUUCCUCUUCUUUCACUUUCCUCCUUCUCUUCCUCUCCUCCCUCCUCCCUCGUUCCCGUCUCCGACGUUCCUCUUACUCUUUCUUCACCCCACCAUCCACCGCCUCGACCUACAACAUGGCUGCCAACUCAUCAUCGACCCGCGGGACCGGCAAGGACCCUCUCGCAGGCAUGGCGCAUUCCGAGGCGCACUAUUUCAACAGCUACAAUCACCAUGGCAUUCAUGAGGAGAUGUUGAAAGAUGAAGUCCGCACCAAAAGCUACCGCGACUCGAUAUACCAGAACGGCCACCUUUUCAAGGACAAGGUCGUCCUCGAUGUGGGAUGCGGUACUUCCAUCCUCAGCAUGUUUGCCGUCAAGGCGGGUGCUAAGCAUGUUAUCGGCGUCGACAUGUCGACCAUCAUCGAUAAGGCCAAGGAGAUCGUCGAGCUCAAUGGCAUGAGCGACAAGAUCACCCUGCUCCAGGGCAAGAUGGAGGAGGUUGUACUACCAUACGAUAAGGUGGACAUUAUAAUAUCCGAGUGGAUGGGAUACUUCCUGCUCUACGAGUCCAUGUUGGACACCGUCCUCUACGCGCGCGAUAAGUACCUUGUCAAGGACGGGCUUAUCUUCCCGGAUAAGGCGACCAUCUUCGCCGCCGGUAUUGAAGACGGCGACUACAAGGAGGAGAAAAUCGGAUUCUGGGACAAUGUGUGGGGCUUCGACUAUACCCCCCUCAAGCAGACCGCCAUGACAGAACCCUUGGUUGACACGGUGGACCUCAAAGCCGUCGUCACCGACCCCUCGCCCAUCGUAACCCUCGACCUCUACACAUGUACCACGGCCGACCUCGCGUUCCGCGUGCCCUACUCGCUCAAGGCCCGCCGCUCCGAUUUCGUCCACGCCAUCAUCGCCUGGUUCGACAUUGAGUUUUCCGCCUGCCACAAGCCCAUCCGCUUCUCCACCGGCCCCCACACAAAAUACACCCACUGGAAGCAAACCGUCUUCUACUUGCAAGACGUGCUGACGGUCGAGGAGGGUGAGGAAAUCGUUGGCGAACUCGAGAACAAGCCCAGCGAGAAGAACCACCGCGAUCUGGACAUUACCAUAUCGUACAAGCUCAAGACGGAAGACAUGCACAGGCAGUCUGACGGUAUGGGCAUGUACAAGAUGUGCUGA